ACCUAAUUUUCACUUAUCCUUCCAUGAGGAAAGCAACCCCGUCUCUUCUCUCAGUAUAAUAACAGCUUAGAAUCCCCGCGUAUUAGGUCUCCAAGUUUAUCAUAGUUCGGCUGUAACGCUACUAUAACAUGGCUCGUUCAUUACUAGUAGUUCUGUGCCUUGCGUUGGCCGCUCACACCGCUCUUGCGGAGGUUUGCCCCAUGUUCGAGUGCGGGCCUGGCAACUUCAAACAAGGCAAGUUCACUGACCCCACGGAUCCGUACAAGGAGCCGGCGGACCCUCUGCACGAGGCAUACUUCACGCCGGGGCAGAUGUACCAGUACGAGAAGUUCAACAUUAGCGACGACCUGAUCGCGACCCCGCAGCUGGACUGCUACAAGGUGUGUGAGUAUUACAACAUGCAGCUGCCCAGCAACGACAACUCGGCGAACAAGGCCAAGUACUGGAUGUUCGAGGAGACGUGUCUGGACGCGACGGGCGGCAUCUGCACGUGCUACAACAAGCUGCAGUGCAAGGACGACAAGAGCUACAGCAGCAAGUGGAUGGAGCCGGCGCGCGGCGUGGGCACGGAGGACUACGAGGUGCCGGCCAACUUCACGGUGGGCGAGCUGUGCGAGGGCAAGGACAAGGGCGACCCGCACUUCACGGGCGCCGACGGGUCGCACUUCGACUUCAGCGGCAAGCCGAACCGCAACUACGCGCUGGUGUCGGACCCGCACUUCCAGAUGAACGGCUUCUUCGGCGGGCGCUACAGCCGGUGGAACGGCGACGUAAAGGCGCUGACAUGGAUCCGGUCCGUGGGCAUCAUGGCGGGCCACCACACGGUGGUUCUGGAGGCGCGGCGCGGCGGCGACGCGGAGUACGGCAGCGGGUACCUGGCGCGCGUGGUGGCGGACGGCGCGGCGGUGGAGGUGACGGUGCCCGGCACGACGGUGCAGCUGUGGGACGGCGCGACGCUGAGGUGGGAGGCGGCGCGGUCGGUGAGCGGCACGGACCUGGUGGACGUGUACGACGUGAGGAUCGAGGGCGUGGCCACCAUCCGCCUGACGCUGAGGCCCGAGGUGAAGAACCUUCGCACGCCCACCGACGCCGCCGUGCACUUCGGCCUCGACGUCCUCUCCUCCUCCUUCUCCCACGCCGUGCACGGCGUCCUCGGCCAAACGUUCCGCCCCGACUUCCAGGGUCGAUUGUAAGUCACGCCGCCCUUGGAGGCCUUCCGUCUGCGCUUUGCAGUCCCAG